AACGUUAAAAAUACAACUUGAAGUUGUACUAUAAAAUUAAAAACUAAAACACUAAGCAUUAGUAAAAUUCCUCCCAAAAUAAAGAGUUCCAAGUAGUUGAUUAACUCAUACUUAAUUCCCCGCCCAUUAAUUCUUGGAUUUACUUCGACCGGCCGGCCGCUGCCGCUACUGUUGCCGUCGAGUGCCUGCUCCACAUUAGAUACACAAAAUAUAUAACGCCAGAGAAAGUGCAUAUAAAAAGAGUCCUUGGAUUGAGUAUCCAUACAAAUCGAAAUAAGCAAAGCCUCAACUGUCUGACACUAAUUAAGAAGAAGAAGUCAUCAAUAUCACAAUAUGGCUUCUAAUCAUUCCGGCCGGCCGUAUUUGUUGGUGGCGUUGUUGGCGAUGGCGGUGGCCACCGUGGUUGUGGCUCAACAGAGGUCUCCGAGGCAGUAUGCGGUUGGGGGCCAGGCUGGCUGGACUGUCAAUUUCAACUAUCUGCGUUGGGCCAGUGGCAAGGACUUCCGCGUUGGAGAUUCACUUGUUUUCAACUAUCCAAGGGGCGCCCACAACGUGAUGAAGGCAAACCGGACGGAGUUCAUGACGUGCACCGUCCCACAAGGCCGGGACGACCUUCUCACUUCUGGAAACGACACCGUUGUGCUGGAGAGCCCAGGGAACAAGUACUACUUCUGCGGCGUGGCGAGUCACUGCGCGGAGCUUGGACAAAAGCUGGCCAUAACUGUGAGACCCCGAUCCAUCUUGGCACCCGCCGGCGCUCCUUCUCCGAGUCAGGCCGCGACCGAGGGUCGACCAAGUUUUGCUUUUGGCUUUUUCUGGUGAUGUUGUGGUAGUUAAUUAAAGCAUCUGGACUUAUCGGCAUUUUAGGUAAUGGAGUAGUGACAAAGAAUAAGACUAGUAUGACUCUCUCUCUCUCUCUCUCUACAAUAGGUGGAGUCGCUUUAUUUACGUGAUAUCGUCAUUAGGUGAAGAGGGUGAAAAGCAGCAACUCUAAAUUUCAAGCAUUUUUCUUCUGUUUUUUUUUUAUUCCGACUAUCAUUUUACUGACAAUCAAAGUCUCUUCUCUUGACACCUCCAGUGGAGUGGAGACAAAACACAUAAUUCACGCAUGUUUUCAUUCAUUCACAUAAAUUAAAUUUGAGUUU